GCACCAACGGCUGGUUGUCGCCGAAUGCAGCUUCUGUGAGGAAAACAGACUAGCUACCGUUGGUCUGGUUGCUGGGGACGAGCGGCCCGGAGGGAGUCGAGGAGACUCCUCGCUCCCCAACCCACAGACUUACUACCCCUGCCAGUGCCCCCGGAGACCCGGACCCUUCCCAGUGCCCGAAGCUCCGUGAGGAAACCGAGGCGUCACAGGUGAUGGCGGAGACGGGCGAGGAGAGCUUGGCGCCCGUCACGCAGCCACAGCUCCAGCUUCCAGAGGAGCGGGGCGCACCCCAGGCUGCUCCCCCAGAUCCGAGCUGUGCCCGUGCUACCCAGCCCCGAGGCGGUGGGGACUGCGGAGCCGGGCAGGAGCAAGCUCCGCCCCCCGGAGGCUUGGAAACCGCGUCCAAGGCUCUGGCAACGGGCGGCAGCCUGGGAAAUGGCGGUCGCCGGGGAGAGCUGCACGGUCCUGAGGGGAAGAAAGCCAUGGAAGCAGGAGGCGCGGAGAAGUUGGGGUCCGAGGCGAUGGCAGAGGCGAAGGCUGAGGACGUGAAGACCGAAGAGGGCCCCGCCUCCUCAGUCCCAGUGCUGGAGGAGGUGGCGGGGAAGGAAGGAGCCCAGGCGGUGGAGGCAGUGGACCAGCAGAUGGAGGUGGAGGAACAGCCAGUGGGUGAAGAAAUAGAAAUGGUGGAGAAUAGGGUGGUGGUAGAGGAGGAGAGGGCGCGAGCCGGUUACCGGCCCCUUCGUCUGGAUCUCCGCAUGAACCCGCUGGAGGCCAUCCAGCUGGAACUGGACACUGUGAACGCUCAGGCUGACCGGGCUUUUCAGCAACUAGAGCAUAAGUUCGGGCGGAUGCGUCGACACUACCUGGAGCGGAGAAACUACAUCAUUCAGAACAUCCCGGGCUUCUGGGUCACUGCCUUUCGGAACCACCCCCAGCUGGCCCCCAUGAUUAGGGGCCAGGAUGCAGAGAUGUUACGAUACAUAACCAACUUGGAGGUGAAGGAGCUCAGACACCCUCGAACAGGCUGCAAGUUCAAGUUCUUCUUUCGAAGAAACCCCUACUUUAGAAACAAGCUGAUCGUCAAGGAAUAUGAGGUCAGAGCCUCUGGCCGAGUGGUGUCUCUCUCCACUCCAAUCAUAUGGCGCCGGGGUCAUGAACCUCAGUCCUUCAUUCGCAGGAACCAAGAGGUGGUCUGCAAUUUCUUCACCUGGUUUUCAGACCACAGCCUUCCAGAGUCUGACAGAAUUGCUGAGAUCAUUAAAGAGGACCUGUGGCCAAAUCCACUGCAGUACUACCUGCUGCGUGAAGGAGUCCGCAGAGUCAGACGUCGCCCAAUAAGGGAACCAGUGGAGAUCCCUAGGCCUUUUGGAUUCCAGUCUGGUUAAACUUUGCCUUUGGGAAUGCUCCUGCAUAGCGUCCCCUUUUGCGUCUUGCUGGACCUGUGCUUGGGCACAGAAAUGGGUAUGCCUUCCACUUUUUUUUCCCCUCUGACAAUUCUGCAGCCUUUUUCUUCUGAACAGUCUUUUCUUUCAACCUCAAGAUUGAGACCAUCAUGGCCAUCUUUCUCCACUUCCACAUGGCCUUGAUGCAGUUUUGCAUUGAUAUCACAUUCUGCGUGGCCAUGAUUUACACCACUCAUAAGCCAAGCAAGUGAAGCUGUAAAAUGCACUGUCUUUAUCCGCACUGCUUGGACCCUGUUUGUUCCUCCAGCUUCCAAUCUGGCUUUUACGCCUGGAAUUCUAGCUUUGGGUAGGAGCCUGUUCUACCCACUUUGCUUUGCAGUACAGGCAUAUGUAUAGCCUGUGGACAGUUGCUGAGCAUUAGUGACAUCAACUGAGAACAGCAGUGGGCCUCUUGGCCUGUGUGAUUUAUGUGACUCCAUUGCUCUUGCACCUCUGGCCACCUAUUGCUUCUUGCUACUGGCUCUGCCCUGGGCUGCCACGCACUGGAUGAACCUCUUCUGGACCAGUGUCAACCCCUCUCUCAUCUCUGGUAAACAAUCUCCAGAACUGAUGAUGAACCCAGGUUUAUUGCCAGCACACAAAAGACCCUUCCAUUCUUCUCCCCAAAAGACCUCUAUUCCUCACCUCCUCUCUUCCCUUUAUUCCCAUUAUCCAGGACCCUGCUGUUGUCGGGCAAGGGGUUGUGAUGAUAAGCUAGACCUGUCCUUAUGGCAGAAGUAAGGGUGGUAUCUGUUCAAAGUACCAGGCAUUCUCAGCCCCAACUAGUGAAUUCACACGAAACCUAGGUACCUCUUUGUGCCUCCUUUUUCAUCCUGAACAUGAUUAAGUGCCAGGAUAGCAGUACACUUUAUCCAUGCUCUUCUAUCUCUUAAAAGAAGUGAUAGCUCAUAAAAAUUUGUAAAAUGAAGUAUUUUAGUUUAAUUUGGUUCUUUCCAUUAUUUCGAGGAACAGGUUGUCUGUAGUAUAGACUGCCAGAGCUCUUCUUUCCCUCUGCUCUCCACUCCUUUUAACAACACCUAGAAUAUUUAAAGGUAGACAGAUGGAAUGAAAGUGAUAUCUAGGUCAUAAUGGAUAGAAGAACUAAGGAGACUGUGAUGGGUACCAAAGGAGGGAAAACCAAAGAACACAAGUAAAAAUGAGCCAGGUUAAAAAAUUGGGCCAAAAAUUAAGACUGACUGAGAGCCAUCAAGGGAAUUUUGUCACUGGUAUUGGGAGGAGAAAUCUUUUUCUCAGGAUUAACAUGGGAGAAUUGAAGGGCCCGAAUGUUAAAUUGCGUAGAGAAGAGUUCUUUAAAAAAACACAAAAUAACUUUGGGUACUCUUCUCUCUUGUUUUCAUUUGACUUAAUUUAUAAGGAAGAUUAAUAAUUUGUCUCUUAUUUCACUUGUGUAUGGUAAAAUCCUGCUAUUUUCCCUGGUUUCUGCUGAGAAAAUUGAGCUGUAUAGGCUUCCUUUUGCUUUCAGUUGGAAACAUUUGGAAAAAUAACAGUCUUAUUUUCCUGUACAAUAUAGAGACUUUAACUGAAUAUGCCUAAUGAUUUUCAACUUAUUAUUUCUGUUAAAAAGUGUAUCCUUAGAAAUAUAAUUUGAAAAACUUGUCGUAUUUUUAGGACUUUGGAAACUGUUGUCAUGGAAAAAUAACUCACUAAAAAUGUGUGGCUUAAUUGUCUUACUUGAUACUUUGCCCUGUUAGCAACUUAGUAAUUGAUGUGUCCCUUUUCCUAAAUAGUCUAAAUACUUAUGAGAUGGCUCUGUCAGGUUGAAGGUAUAUCGUUGGUAUAUUUGUCUUUCCUUAUAUGCAUGAUGGUAAAAUAAAAAGCAUGUUACUCUA